ACAACAGCCGGGAGAGACAUACUUAAUCAUUCGCCAGGAACAUUGUCUCAGUGAGGAUCAUCGUGUGGAGCAGGGCAAGCCGUUCAUCUUGCUGGCUGCUGGCUGGGAUUGUUUUUAUCAUGACUUCUUCAGAAGCUUCCAAUGGAGUGUGGCAUCGUAAAACCAAGACUCAUCAGCAAGAGUCCAAGUCCGAUCAAGCCAAGAGUCAUGAAAAUGUGCAGGAAGACCUGGUUGAGUGGGAAAAAUACAUAAAGAAAGUAAAAGAGAAAGUUUUAGAGCAGGUCCAGGAUCAUCUCAGAGAUAUUCUUGACAAAGCUCUGACUGAGUCUAUCGAACCUCCUCCCCAUCUUAAAUCUGCACUGAAUGGGAAAACAACAAUAAAAGAGUCAUCCAGAUCUCAUAGGAUGGAUGAUGGCAAAGUGUUUUUGGAGCGAGCAUCUCUGUUGGAUGACCUGUUUGAGAUCAGCCACAUUAGGACUAUCUACCACAUGUUUAUUGCUGUGCUCCUCAUCUUCUGUUUGAGCACGUUGGCUGUUGACUACAUUGACCAGGGCAGGUUGGUUUUGGAGUUUGACCUGCUGUUCUACGCCUUUGGGAAACUGGGGACGGUCACCUGGGCUUGGCUUGCCAUGUUUGUUUACACCCUCUUUGUUCCUUACUUCAUCCUGGAGUUUUGGGGCGCUUUGUACCACAAAUUUCCCUCCAAGUUGGGGCUCACUCUGGGUGCAGGGUUGAUCUUUACUACCUUACAGACCUGUGUGCUUGGACUGUUCCCAAUCUACACGGUUGUGCAUCACCAGCUGCCUCCAGCGUCUCGAUUUAUUGUUAUUCUGGAGCAGAUUAGAUUCUUGAUGAAGACCUACUCGUUCAUUAGAGAAACGGCCCCCGUUAUCCUGAAGAAUGCACCAAAGGAAGGAGAAAAUCCCAGGUUUCCAACAUUCUCCAGCUACUUGUACUUCCUUUUCUGUCCAACACUUAUCUACAGGGAAGUUUAUCCUCGAAAUGAACAAAUACGUUGGAAAUAUGUUGCUGUUACUCUUGGCAAGAUUUUUGGAUGCCUAUUUUAUGGGUAUUUCAUCCUGGUGCGACUUUGUAUACCUGUCUUCAGAACGGAGACCAAUCAGCCUUUUAGCAAAAGAACAAUGGUCCUGGCCGUAUUUCACUCCAUAUUGCCAGGAAUAAUGCUCCUCCUGCUGUGUUUCUUUGCCUUUUUGCACUGCUGGCUCAACCUCUUUGGGGAGCUGCUGCGUUUUGCUGACAGGAUGUUCUACAAGGACUGGUGGAAUUCUACAUCCUUUGCAAACUACUAUCGGACCUGGAACGUAGUGGUUCACGACUGGUUGUACUACUAUGGAUACAGAGACUUCCUCUGGCUGUCCAACAGGAGAUUCAGAGCAGCAGCUAUGCUGUCCGUGUUCAUUGUCUCUGCAGUUGUCCAUGAAUAUGCUUUGGCCAUGGGCUUUGGCUUCUUCUACCCGGUCAUGUUCUGUCUCUUUGCAAUUUUUGGAGUGGCUUUCAACUUUACCAUGACCGAUAAGCGACAGAGCCCCGUGUUCAACGUCAUCAUGUGGGCGUGUCUCUUCCUGGGUCAGGGUGUCCAGGUGUGUCUGUACUGCCAGGAGUGGUAUGCCCAGAUACACUGCCCACCAGCAGGGCAGGACAGCUUGUGGGAGCUGGUGAUGCCUCGAUCCUGGUCCUGCAGCUACCAGACAUGAAGCCAUAUUUCUCCAUAAUUGGGAUUCAAUCAAUGAAGCUGGAAAAAUGUAUAAUGGACAGAAAAGAAGGAACAGCAAACAAGGAAGACGAAAACUUGAAACAUGUGCAAAUUAAAUUUUGUGCAGACAGCCUUAAAAACAUUUUGUUACUUAGUAAUUUUAUGAUGUUCUUUUCAAUGAACUGUUUUCUUUGAUCACAAAGAGACAGAACAACAUUACACCAGAAAACUGGUGACCACUUAUCAUUAAAAGUAUGUGUUGCUGUUUUGAAGUGGACCAUGUAAUUAUAUUACUUCAUGUAAUGUUAGACUGGUCACAUAAACAAUAAUUUACAGAAGGGAAUAAGUACUGUAUUUCCAGAUAGUACUAGCUGUCUAAAGUUAUAUGUUGUAUCCCUUUAAACUUUAAUUUUUGAAAUUUACAUGUCUUGAGCCUUGUAGGACAAUUUCCCUAUGGCUUUUUGUUUUUACUGUUUUUAUAUUAAAAACAUUAUUGUU